UAACCAAAAAUUCUAGAAAGCACUAAUUUCCAAUACAUUUUGCGUACGUCUAAUUAACGCUUUUCGAAUGCACGGCGCGAUUCUCGAACGAUUUAAAAUUAGACUCGGUAAAUCGUCUGUACGCUCAAUCCUCUGGUAAUACUUCAAGAUCUAUCUCGGGAAACGCACCUAUCUAAGUAUGGACGGCAUUUGCCACUACAGUGUGUCGCAAAACGACAAGUACGGCAGAUAUUUGACCGCGAAAAAGGAUAUUGAGCGUGGGGAGGUGAUUUUCAGCGAUUUACCGGUCGUCGUUGGACCAAAACCAGACACCCCUCCCCUCUGUCUCGGCUGCUACUGCCCCGUGGAGCAGACCGUCUGCUCCCACUGUUCCUGGCCCAUCUGCAGCCCCGCCUGCGAGCAGGACCCUCACCAUCAGCUCGAGUGCGAGAUCUUCCAGGCGUCCAACGUGAAGUUCCAGAACGUGGAGGACUGGACGGCUCCGGCUACGCAGCUGGACUGUAUCACUCCACUUAGGUUGUUACUAGCCAAAGAGAAAGAUCCAAUAAGAUGGCAGAAGGAGGUAGACACAUUGGAGAGCCACACAGAAGAGAGGAAGAAGAGACCAACAUGGGAGGUGGAUGAGGUCAACAUAGUCAACUUCCUGAGAGACCACUGCAAGCUCGGAGACCGGUUCAGCAAAGAGCUGGUGCAGAAAGUCUGCGGGAUCCUGGAGGUGAAUGCAGUGGAAAUACCGUCUCGAGGAGGGUUCAGCAUUCGGGCGGUGUACCCGCGACUUGCGUUGGCGGCACACAGCUGCGUCCCGAACUUGGUUCAUACUAUCCUGCAAAAUAACUAUCAAGUACAAGUGAGAGCAGCCAUCCCCAUAAAAUCCGGCGAAGCUCUCCACCUGUGUUACACUCAUGCGCUCACCCCAACCAUCUUCCGUCGUGAAUACCUGAUGGAGUCCAAGUUCUUCGCGUGCGAGUGUCCGCGCUGCGCUGACCCUACCGAGCUGGGCACACAUCUUAGCACCCUCAAAUGCAAUAAGUGCGAUAAUGGGGUUAUAUUGUCUACCAAUCCUCUGGACAAUGACGCCGAGUGGCAAUGCACGGAGAAGAACUGCGGCUUCAAGACCUCGGGAGCGGCGAUGAAGAAGAUGCUGAGUGUGGUGCAACAGGAGAUCGAUCAAGUGGACGCCAUAGAACCCGGACCCAAGGCCAUUGAGAUGAGGGAACAACUGCUUAAUAAGUUCAAAUCAGUGUUCCAUCCGCGUCACUCCCUGCUGCUGUCAGUGAAGCACUCGCUGGCGCAGCUGUACGGGCGCGUGGAGGAGUACAGCAUCGACGAGCUGCCGGACCUCAUGCUUGAGCGGAAGGCGGGCUUCUGCCGCCUCGUGCUGCAAGCGCUGGAUGUAAUAUUGCCAGGAGACAGUCGGAUGAGAGGGAUGAUGCUAUACGAGCUCCACGCACCUCUCAUGUUCAUGGCCCGCAACGAGUACAGCGCCGGUCUAAUAAACAAGGACAAGCUGAAAGAUAAACUUCAAGAACCCAUCCAAUGCCUGGCAGACGCCGCCAGAAUCCUCAUGAGGGAGGACCCUCAGAGCCCCGAAGGCAUCACGGGCAACAUCGCACAUCAAUCCAUGGAACAGUUGAAAGCAAGCUUGGAAUCGCUAUAGAGUUGGUGGACAUUUAAAAGGCUGGAGU